GCAGCAGUAGCGUGGAGUCUGGAACGCCUGGGAAUGUGAGCACCUCGAUUCUGGAGCUAAAAGUGAGCUAAAAGUGUUGAAGCGCUUCUGGAGUAUCUUAUCCUUCAGCAGAAAUGGAUCUUACCCUGUCUGAACUGAUGUCCAACUUCAUGGAGUCCCCGCUGGUGGUCUGGGUGAAGACCUUCGGCCCACUGUCUUCCAACUUGGACGACAAGCUCUCCAUGUUUAUGGAGCUAGUGGAUGGGGUCUUCCUUCAUAAGAUCAUGACCCACAUAGAUCCAAAUCCAACAAACCACCGGGUGAACAAGCAGGUGAACAACGACGUAAACCUGAGGAUCCAGAACCUCAGCACUGUUAUCAGACACAUCAAAAACUAUUACCAGGAGAAUCUCCAGCAGCUCAUUUUGAUGACCUUACCCAAUGUGCUGACCAUCGCCAAGGAUCCUUUGUCAGGAAAGAGCAUGGAGGAGAUGAAGAGGCUGCUACUGCUGCUCCUAGGCUGCGCUGUUCAGUGUGAGCGUAAAGAGGAGAUCAUUGAGAAGAUUAAGCUGCUAGACAUUGAAACGCAAGCAGCCAUCGUCUCCCAUAUCCAAGAGGUAACCCACAACCAGGAGAAUGUUCUGGACCUGCAGUGGCUGGAAGUGGGGGAGCUGCCUGCUGAGGAGCUGGACCCUCUCUCCCGCAACAUGGCCUUUCACCUCCGCAAACUCAUUGAUGAGCGGGAUGAGUGCUCAGAGCUGGUCUUGGAGCUGACCCAGGAGAGGGAUUAUCUGCAAUCCCUGCAGCCCCCCAGCCCUGUGAACUUCUCCAGCCCUGAGAGAUCCUCCCAGCUCGCUGUGCUUUCAAAAGAAGACCGCCAGCACCUGGCAGUGGAGCUCGCCGAUACCAAGGCUAAACUGCGCCGAUCUCGACAAGAACUAGAGGAGAAGACGGAGCAUUUGAUAGACACCAAGAAUGAAUUAGACAGGCUGGAUGUGGAGAUGCAGAAGUUGAAGCAAGAGAACACUCAGCUGCUGGCCGAGGCACGGUCAGUUCGAGCAUAUCGGGAUGAAGUGGAUGCUCUGAGGGAGCGUGCUGGGAGAGUAGACAGACUCGAGACAGAACUGGCUCGGUUCAAAGAGAAGCUGCACGAUGUUCACUUCUACAAGGCCCGCGUGGAGGAGCUCAGAGAGGACAAUAUGACUCUGCUCGAGACUAAGGCCAUGCUGGAGGAGCAGCUGAGCACAGCUAGGGGGCGCUCUGACAAGCUGCAUGAGCUAGAGAAGGAGAACCUCCACCUGCGCUCCAAACUGCACGAUAUGGAGAUUGAUCGGGACAGUGAUAAGAAGCGUCUAGAGGAGCUGCUGGAAGAGAACAUGCUACUGGAGAUCUCACAGAAGCAAAGCAUGAACGAGUCUGCUCACCUGGGCUGGGAGCUGGAGCAGCUUUCUAAGAACAAUGAGGUCAAUGAAGCUCGCAAAUCGUUUGUGUUUGAGCUGAAUGAGUCAGCCUCCAGCCGGUUGCUGAAACUGGAGAAGGAGAAUCAGAGCCUGCAGAGCACCAUUCAGGAGCUGCGUGAGGCAUCACUCAGCUUAGAAGAAGGACAGCUCCAUGCCAUGGAACUGGAGAGGGAGAACCAGGGCCUCAGCAAGAAGAUUGAGCGUCUGCAGACCCAGCUGGAUCAGGAGAAGCAGACCACACAGGACAUGGAAAGCUUGGGAGAAGAGCUACUCAAGGAAAAGCAGAAACUGGAGAAAACCCUGGAGACUGUGCAGGCAGAUAAAGACAAACAGAUCUCUGAGCUGGAAAAAGAAAAGGAGCAUCUGAACCAGGCAGUCAGUUCCCUGCGGAAGCGAGCUCAGGUGGACAGCGAGGCCCGUGUUCGGGAGGUGGAGACGGAGAACCGUGUCCUCCACCAGACUAUCUCUGAGACUGGAGGAAAGCUGGCGCGACUCGAGGCUGAGAAGCGUCAAGCCACCAAGGAGCUGGAGGGUCUUCGGGAGCGUGGAGAGCGCUGUGUGGAGCUGGAGCGAGAGGUGGCGCGACUGGAACGCGGGCGAGAGCAGCUGCAGCGGGAACUGGCUUCUCUCAGGAUCGCCAGCGAGCGCACUGAGGCCCUGGAACGCGAGAACGCCACCUUGGAGCAGGACAACCGGCGGCUGAAGAAGCAGGCAGAUGCAGCGCAGAACGCUAACAUGCGCCUGGCCACUUUAGAGAAGGACCGUCGGCAACUGGAGGAGGAGAACCUCGAACAGCGACGCGCUCUGGACGGUCUCCGGCCGGCUGCUGCUCGCCUUGCACAGCUACAGCUGGAGCACAGUGAGCUGGAGCGCGAGAGACAGGAACUUCAGGGCACCCUGGAGGAACUCAGAGCCCAGGCCAAGCGCUGCGAGAGGCUGGAUCUCAGCUGCAACAGCCUGAGUCAGGAGAACCAGAGACUGCAGAAAAGCCUGGACAGCAGUUCUGCCAAAAUCCAGGACCUAGAGGGUCGGCUGCGAGAGUCCGAGAGCCAGAGCAAGGAGGUCCAGAAGGAGCUGGUGGAGGUGAGGCAGGCAGGGAGCCGAGCAGAGGAGGCUGAGAAGCAGAGGAGAAGCAUGGAGCAAGAGUUGGGCCAGGCAGAGAAAGAGAGGAAGCAACUGGAGAAAGAGGCCCACAGGCUGAGGAGGCAGCUGGAGGCGAAGGAGGCAGCGCUGGAGGAAAGCUCGCUCAGGCUCAGCAGCAUGGAGAAAGAGGGCACAGCUCUGAACAGGGAGCUUGCACGCCUCAGAGAAGCUGCCGGGAGGGUCAAGGAGCUGGAAAAGGAUAACAAAGACCUGCAUAAGCAGGUCACCAUCGACAAGAGGACCCUGGCCACUCUCCGAGAGGAGCUGGUGAAUGAGAAGCUGAGGGUGCAGCAGCAGUGUAACGAGCUGGAGAAGCUCAGUCAUGAGCUGGAGAAGAUUGGCCUGAACCGGGAGAAGCUGCUGCAGGAAGAGCACAGCUGUGAGGACAAUAAAUAUAAAAUUCUGGAGACCAAGAUCGAGUCAACACUAAAGAAGACUCUGGAACUGAGGGAGGAGAAGAUCCAAAGUCUGGAGUCUCGUCUGGAGGAAAGCAGCAGCUUGAACCAGCAGCUACGCACUGAUCUCACUACCGUGAAGAAAACACUGGAGGCUCUGAGGCAGAGGCAGGAGGAGGAGGCAGCCCACUCUGAAAUAUCCCAGAAAUCUGUGGAGCAGGGCCGGUGUGGUUCCAGCCAGGAGAAAUGGGAGACGGAGCAGAGAGAGGCCACCGCUGAACUCCUCAAACUCAAAGAUCGACUGAUUGAUGUGGAGAAGAAUAAUGCGGCUCUGCAGACAGAGAAACACCUCCUGAAGGAGCAGUUGAAGCAGCUGGACUCUCAGAACUCGCAGCUAAACGCUCAGACACUGGCUCUGCAGAAACAGGCUGCAACACUGCAGGAGCAGAACACCACCCUGCACAAAGAGACGGCCAAACUACAGGUGGAGAACUCCACGCUGAGCUCUCAGAAUGCAUCUCUGCUCUCUCAGUAUGGAGCUCUGCAGACUCAACUGCAGACUGCGGAGGCAGAAGCAGAGGCGCAACAGAGGCAGAAGGAGGAGGUGCGGGCAGCCCGGGACAGCGUCACCCACGAUCACGAGCGUCUGCUGGCUGUUCACGAGAGACAGGCCGCUGAGUACGAACAGCUCAUCUCCCAGCAUGCCACACUGAAGAGCAACCAGAGAGCACUGGAACAGGAGCAUAAAGCACUGGAGAACAAGUAUGUGCUGCUGCUAAAGCAGAAGGAUGCUAUGGAGGCACUGGAGGCUUCUUUGCAGAAAGAGAGGGAGAGUUUGGGAGAGGAGAUCCGCAAGAACACUCUGAUCCUGGAGGAGAACCGAGGCCUGAGAGAGGACAUGGACAGGUUGUCUCACACACACUCGCAGCUACGGCAGGAGUAUGAUGGGCUGCAGCAUCAGACCAAGGAGCUAAAGACUUCUCUGAAUGAGUCUCAGUUGGAGCUGAACCGCUGGCAGGCACGGUUUGACCAGCUGAAGGAGCAGCACCAGGGUCUGGACAUCUCAAUGACCAAACUGGACAACCACUGUGAGCUGCUGACCCGGCUGAAGGGGAACCUGGAGGAGGAGAACCACCACCUCCUGAGCCAGAUCCAGAUGCUGAGCCAGCAGAACCAGACGCUGCUGGAGAGAACUAUGGAAAGCAAAGAACUCUACCACGAGGAACAGAAGCAGUACAUUGAUAAGCUGAAUGCAUUACGAAGGCAGAAGGAGAAACUGGAGGAGAAGAUCAUGGAUCAGUACAAGUUCUAUGAUCCAACUCCUAAAAAGAGGAGUCACUGGGCAGGAGCUAAAGCCAUCGCCAAGCUGAUCAAGCCCAAGAAGGACACUUCCCGCGAGAGACCAGAAAGCUCCCGAGAGAGAAUUCGCAGUGCGCCAGACAUCCCUCUGCCAGACAUCCCUGUCCUCUUAGACUGCCCUGACAGCAGCCCAGCCCUUCCACCCCCUCCACUACCACCCCGCCAGAACCGCCUCAGCCUGGACUCACCAGGAAACCACUCAGUAGAGGAAAACCACGUCCAGUCCCCGGUCUUCUCCCCACCACCCAACAACCGAGGACCAAGUGACAGCAGCAUCUCCAGAGGCAGAGAGCUGUACCGACCAGCAGGGGGCAGCAGUGAGAGUGUGAAUGGAUAUGAGGAUCUGGCCUUUAGGAGGAGAGCCAUUGAACCAGGAGCCUCCUGUUCAACCCCGCUGAACCAUAAUUCCCACAAUGCUCCAGGCUUCACACCCCCAAGCUCACGACCAGGACGCAGGCCUAAAGGAUUAAUCUCAGAGGAGGACCUGCGCCUGCACUCCCUCGAUGCUGGCUUUGGGUCUGGUGGUCAUGGAAACGCAGGUCACAGGCCCGGGUCUGCUGAUUUCAGCCGCAACACCUCCAGCAGCAGCUCUCCAGUCAACUCCAAAGGCUCUCUGGAGCGUCUACAGGGCCGUUCAACCAGCCUCUCCAGUGAUGAUGUGGUUGGGCUCAGUCAUGAAGGAUCCCGCCUCAGUCAGUCCUCUCUGCUGCCUCGGAGCUCCACCCUGCCCUGUGAAACUCCACCCACUCAGCGCUCCACCCUGCGCCCCUCUCGCAUCCGCCCUGCUUCACCUGGCAGUGAGAUGGUGACCCUGAAGGAGUUCCUGCAAGAAAGCAAUGUCCUCUCACCCCCCACUGUGCAGACAGACAGUCGGGAAGACCUGAUGACUGAUUAUUUCACCAGAGCGAGUCGGCCAGCGCCUCUCAGGGAUGGAGCCAAAACCCCUACCAGCUAUGUGGUCCCCACGGUCAAAACAAGCUCCUCUGGCGCAGAUGGGCGAGCCUCCAAACCAGGACAAAGUGUCAAGCCCAGCAUUCGCCCCUUGGAAGCUUCUACCCCCUCUUCUCAGUCUCAGACGCUCCCUAAUCGUGGAACUGGGAGCCGCCCCUCGUCCCUGCAGCACUCAGGAUCUCGUGGAGGGGCCGGUUUAAGCAGCAGCAGCUUGAGCCGCACCUUUAGCCUGGCUUCAGCUGACCUUCUCAACUCAAACGGUCCAGACAGCUACCGAGCUGAGGGGGGAUCACCUGGUCAGGCCGAAGGUUUGUUGAGGCGGCCCCGGGACAGGCCACAAUCGGCUAGGCCCCUGAGUGGGGAUCCUACUCACCUGUCUGUGGAUCCCCGGCGCCUUUCCCUGGCUCAGCCAAAAGAUGAGCCCCUCCUGUCUGCCUCCCCACAAGCUGACUGGGGCUACGGAAACAGUGUAGGGCGAACAGGAGCAACAGCGAAUCGCUCUGGGACAUCGCAGGGCCGCUCAACCCACCAACAUCACCGUGGGGAGGUGGCUAUGGUCACCCCAGUGCGGGCCGUCUCCGCCCUCAGGCUGGAGGAGGUGGAAGAGCAUCGAGAGCCCAGGCAGGCUGAGCCCAGCUCUCUUAAGAAGUCGGACUGUGUUGCAGAGGAGCGGCCGAUAAGCACUCCAGCCUCCCCAGACCCCAAUAAUGACCCGCAGACUGUGUGGUAUGAGUACGGCUGCGUGUAAGCCCAGGCACUCCUCGUUAGCAUGGCUUUUGGCUUUGAUGUAGAGGCUCAGGUGGGGAAGGGAUGGAGGAAAUCCUCCUUUAUGUGCCCGGACAUCAUGAUACAAUUAGAUCAAUUAAUCUGACCUUUCAUGUGGUCAGGAAAAGCCCUCUGGUUUACAUGUCCUUGAUCUGAGCUUUGAGGAGCAGGGACUAGCACUACAACACUGCAGCCAGCUCUGCCCAAAGUGUAUUUGGGGUCAGUGAUGGUUGUUGACUUUUGCCUGAUAGAACUGCAAAGCAAAUACAUUUAAAAGCCCCCACAAGCACCCGUGAAACUUACUGAAGCAACAAAGCAGAACAUGCUUGGCCAGUCUCUGCAAACCCAUCCAGUCCUGUGUUCAGGACUCGUACACAGCUUGGUGAAGGAAUGUGUUUGGGAAUGGACACGGCUUAAGAAUGUAUUUUUUUGUUUUUUUCCCCUCUCCUCUCAUCUCCUCCCCUAUCGAACACCAUUGAUUUCCUGCAGCUCUCUGUGGACAGGCAGGGCCUGCCAGCUCGGUUUCUAUUCUGAAUGCGCAAAUCAAACAUUGGGCUUUUGCGUGAGGGACCGCUCCCUGGAUAAUCACAGAGUAAUUACAGUAUCCAUCUUUAGGAGGCGGAGGGGACAGCGUGAGUCCAUCAUUCAGGCAGCCACGGUGGGAUUGGUUACUGGAAAUGGCUACUCGCUUUCGCUCCCUGCUGACAAACCUAGUGCUCAAGCUCCUUUCCGCUGCCACGGGUUACCACCUAUUUGCUGAGCGACCGUGCUAUUGGCUCUGGGGUAUGCAAAUGGAAGAGAAGACUCAUGAUGAUGGAGAGAGAGAGAUGGAGGGGAACAAAAAGAGAGAUGAGAUGAAGAUUUAAGAGAGCAGGACCUAACUGUUGAAGUGAUGAAUGUUGAUACGAAGCAGUAAACUCUUUGUUUUUGUUUAGUUUUACUCCAUUUUAUGCUCUCAAUGGCAUUUAUAGUUAGACAUGGUGUGUCAUCAGGCAUUUAACUUUUCAACACUGUGGGUUCUUUUUAUAUAUAUAUGUAAAUAUGUUGAUUGAGCACUAUGCCAGCAGGAGAAACAGAGUUUAAACUAAGGUCUAAACUGGAGUCUUAACACUGGACAUAAUCUCCACAGCUUGACAAGAUCAAGUACCAGCCUAUUUUCUCAUCUGGUUUUAUUUUUAUUGCAAAUGAGUUGGUAUCUAUUGUACCAGUAACACUGUAAAAUUGUUCCAAUGUUCAGAAGUACUGGUUUAUUUAUUACCUCCCAAAUAAAGACACACAGAAAAUGUGUCAGAAUGUGACACCCCCUCAAAUAUUAAAUUGUUUUGUGGUUUUGGAGUGUCCACAGUGGUGACUGUUCAUUCACGGCACUGUAUAAUUAAUUUAUGCAGAUUUUCCCCAAGUGGUUCCCCUGAUAUGUUUAACAAAACAUUAGUCCAUUAGUCCUUUUUUAGCAGUGGUGCUCUUCCUCAUUAACAUUGCCAUAAUGUGAAGGCUCCAGUGGAAAAGAGAUGGAGGAAUUUCUUCCGUGCCUAGACAUCAUGCAAUUAGCUUAAUUAGUCUGACCUUUCAUGUGACGAGGAAAAAGCCCUCUGGUGUACUUGUUUAUCAGGGCUUUAAGGAAUGGUCACGUCCACCAAAGCAGUUAGUUAAGGUGAGGUUAUUAGUAAGUUCACUGAGUUCUUUACGUCUUCCUCAGCAGACCCGUGAGAGUGCACUUAUUGUAAUGGGGGCUUCACUCAAACAUGGCUACCCAGUUACACAACGUAUACCCAACAAUAACAUGCGCAAUUUUCAAACACUACUACACAAAGACUUGAUUGUUGACGUGUGAUGUUUUGAUUAGUCGCCCAAUAAGACGUGUGAUGGCUGUGAUUGGUUCUAGUGUUUGUCAUUUUGUAUAGAAGAAGCUGUUGUCCAAAAACUGAACUCUUUGUAAUAAAAACUUUCCAAAUUUA